GGUUCUGGAAUUGAAAAACUAAACUAAACUAAAUCAAUAACUAAUCACUAAUUUGGAUAACUUUGUUUGUGUGUGUGACCAAUGUUCAACUAAAAUUCAACCAUAGUUCCAUUUCAAUUAGCAAAAAAUUUUAAUUAAAAAAGAAGAAGAAAUCUUUCUUCAAACAACAAUGACAAACAUGCCUACAGCCAUCAAUAUACGUCCAUUAACAACAGCAGCAGCAUUCACUGGUUAUCCAUUUCAAGGACAAGGACGUGUUAAUCAAUUGGGUGGUGUAUUUAUCAAUGGCCGUCCAUUACCGAAUCAUAUUCGUUAUAAAAUUGUUGAAAUGGCUGCGGCUGGUAUACGUCCUUGCGUAAUCAGUAGACAAUUGCGUGUAUCACAUGGUUGUGUAUCAAAAAUCCUGAAUCGUUAUCAAGAAACCGGUAGCAUUCGGCCAGGUGUAAUUGGUGGUAGUAAACCACGUGUUGCAACACCUGAAGUUGAGAAAAAAAUAGAAGAAUAUAAACAAGAAAAUCCAGGAAUAUUUAGCUAUGAAAUACGUGAACGUUUAAUUAAAGAAGGUUUGUGUGAUAAAAAUUCAGCACCAAGUGUUAGUUCAAUUAGUCGUGUAUUACGUGGUUCAUCAUCAACAACAUCAUCUAUUGGUGGUGAUGGUAGUGACAAUGGUCAAUCACCAAAUCAUCAUCAUCAUUAUCAUCAUCGAUUUUAUCAAACAAAUCAUGAUUCAUCAAUGGAUUCCAUAUCGAUUUCAAUGGCUAAUCAUCAUCAUCAUAAUCAUAAUGGUAAAGAUCAUAGCAUCGAUGGUAUACUUGGUGGUUCAGUGCGUAGUGAUGAUGAUCCGGAUAAUUGUGAAUCAGAUUGUGAAUCAGAACCAGGUAUACCAUUAAAACGUAAACAACGACGGUCACGUACAACAUUCACAUCGGAACAAUUGGAUGAAUUGGAACGAUCAUUCGAACGUACACAAUAUCCGGAUGUUUAUACCCGGGAAGAAUUGGCACAACGUACAAAAUUAACCGAAGCACGUGUACAGGUCUGGUUUAGUAAUCGUCGUGCACGUUGGCGUAAACAGGUUAAUAGUCAGGUGGCAGCAGCAGCAGCAGCUUCUGCUGCUGCACAUGCUGCUGCUGCUUUACAAUUUACUGGUUCAAAUCAUCAUCAUCAUCAACAUCAACAACAAAAUCCAUAUCAUCUUGAUAACGAUAAUCAUCAUCAAGAAUCAAUAUCACCAACAUCAUCAAUGUUAAAUUCACCACCACCACCUCUUCCGCUACCAUCAACAUCAACUUCAGCCACAGCAGCCGCUGCUACUAGUAGUAGUUCCGGUUCGAUUACAACAUAUAGUCAGCCUUAUUAUAUUGAUAGUUUGGAAUUUGGUAAUUUGGUUAAUAAUAAUCAUAAUGGUAAUGUUAAACAAGAAUCCACUACGGAAUGGCAACAACAACAACAAAAACAAUCAUCAUCAACAACAGCAACAACACUAUCACCAACGACAACAACAAUAACAUCAGCCACAUCGACAAAUUCUUCUUCUUCUUCUACAGUUUCAUUGUCGAAUCAACAACAACAGCAACCGAAUGAUGGUCAAUUAUCGACGAAUGAUUAUUCAAAAUCAUCAUCAUUGGCUACAGAUUUUCUUUCGAUUCAUCCAAAUCCAAGUUAUCAUCAUCAUCCACAUUCACAUCAACAAUAUUCAAAUUCUCAUCAUCAUCAUCAUUCAUUAUUAAAUCAAUUUGCUGAAUGUCAAAAAAUAUUCAAUCCAAUUCAAACAUCCAAUUCGAUUAAUGAUUUUCAUCAACAACAACAUCAUCAUCAUCAUCAUCAACAGCCGCAUCAACAGCAACAACAACAAUACUCGAAUCCUAUACAACAACAUCAUCAUCAAAUGAUUGGAAAUGGUUCGAUUAUUAAUGAUGGAUCAUCAUUAUCACCACCAAUAACAUCUACUACAUAUCCAUCAUCAACUAAUCAUCCGCAUCCACAAACAUGGCCAUCACAAUUACAUGCAGCAGCUGCAUUAACUAAUCAUCAUCAUCAUCAUGGAAAUUCUGGAUGGCCAACUGCUGCUGCUACUCAUCAUCCUCAUCAUUCAGCAGCACCAUUUGUUCAUCAUCCGGGUCAUCAUGGUGGUGGAUCAAUUCAAUCAACACAUUCAUACGCAACAAAUUCUUAUUUUUUAUAAAUUUUCAAACAAA